CUUGUCUUACACGAGAUGGAGGGAGAGGUCAGAGGUGAGGGGGAGACACGUGAGCUGUUGGGGAGAGAACAAGCAGCGCUGGGGACGAGACGGUGCUGCCGCGCUUCUGCAGAGUUAGGAAGAGGGAUCGGGGCUGGAGCGGGAACGAGGCCCCUCUCACCUCCUGCCUUCUCCCCUGCAGGUGUGGGCAAGAGCAGCUUACUGUUACGUUUUGCAGACAACACUUUCUCAGGCAGUUACAUCACCACAAUCGGAGUGGAUUUCAAGAUUCGGACUGUGGAGAUCAACGGGGAGAAAGUGAAGCUGCAGAUCUGGGACACAGCUGGGCAGGAGCGCUUCCGCACCAUCACCUCCACGUAUUACCGGGGGACCCACGGGGUAAUCGUGGUUUAUGACGUCACCAGUGCCGAGUCAUUUGUCAACGUCAAGCGGUGGCUUCACGAAAUUAACCAGAACUGUGAUGAUGUAUGCCGGAUACUAGUGGGGAAUAAGAAUGACGACCCCGAGCGGAAGGUGGUGGAGACAGAAGACGCCUACAAGUUCGCCGGGCAGAUGGGGAUCCAGUUAUUUGAGACCAGCGCCAAGGAGAAUGUCAACGUGGAGGAGAUGUUCAACUGCAUCACAGAGCUGGUCCUCCGAGCAAAGAAGGACAACUUAGCGAAACAGCAGCAGCAGCAACAGAACGAUGUGGUGAAGCUCACGAAGAAUAGUAAACGAAAGAAACGCUGCUGCUAAUGCCCCAGCCCACUGCAGAGACUGCCCUGCGGCUGCUCCCCCGGCCCAGGCCGCCGGGCUCCUCUCCUCGGGGGACAGUCUCAGUUUCGUGCCGUUAUUUAAAGAAUUCUCUCCACGUUUUUGUACCGGGAGGCUCCAUCGACACUUCCUCCCCUCCCUCCUCGAGUGCCAAGAAGGUGUCGGACGACCUGCCCUGCCCUUCUGGUGCCCCUGCCCCCGGCCAAGGCGCCUGGGCCCGGCGAGGACGCUGCCAGCCAAGUGGACUGAUUAACCGGAGUUUGUACAUAAUGUAUAUGCUUUAACCAGCGCAUCACCCUCGUCCUGCUCUGGCUUCUGCCUCCUUAAUGCCAGCCUGCUGCGACACCCUCCGCCCCCCGCCCCAUCUUACUGCCAGCAGCUUCCUGAGGAGACAGGAUCGCGUUCUAGACACACGUUUUUUUGCCAACCUGGGCUGGUGGAGGGGCUCCGCGUGACUCGUUCUCUCCUGCAGGUUGUCGGCGGCUGUGCCUGGCACGGAGGGGCUCACCCCUGUCUGGGGCCUGUGCCGUCUGUUCCCAGCUCCUCUCCCUCCCCACCCCGUCCCCGUCACCACUCUGGCAGCUGGGGAAACCCGGCCUUGAGGUGGGCCUGGGGGUCCCCAUCAAAGGCCCAGCCCUUCGGGUCCACAGAAGGAGUCACUCCUGCCCUUUGGCCAACAGAUUUCUUGUCCUGACUUCUAGAUGACUAUGAGCUACACACCCAGGAGAGCUGUGGCGUCUAAUUUAUAUACCAACCUGUUUCGGUUGCGACAGAAAGGUAGGGCUGUUUGUGCAGGGAUGGGCUUGCAGGGGGACUCAGGAGCAUUAUUUUAACAGAUAAAAAAAAAAUGAAGCCAAAUCAAAUGAAUUAAGUUCCUUAUAAUUUUUUUCUCUUCCUGAGGUUUGGUUGGCCCAGCGGUAAAAGCUGUGGCCUCCCCACUUUGGGUCCAGUGUUUUUAAAAAAAAAAAGCGAAUGGCUGCCUGUCGUGGAGCUGGGCUCCUGGCUGAGCAGCUCUGGGUGGGAGAGGAGGGGCCUCCCGCUGAGUCCUGGGUCUCUGAUGCAGCACCUGUAAGUGUGGGGAGUGGGCGCUGGGGCGGCUGGGCCGUGAGGAUGAAGCCUCUGAGCUGGACGCAGGCAGCCUUGGAUCGCUGACAGGACUGUUUCCGUACAAGGGUAGCAUGAGGAUUUCUUCAUGGGUGGGAAGGAAGGCUGCUGGGUGGGGCUGGGAGCCUCCACCCACCCUGGUGCCCUAGAGGAACCAGGGUCCCCUGCAUCUGAUUACUGUCACCCCCACCCCCUCGGGACACUUCAUUCACCUUCCCCUAAAAGGAUCACGUAACCUGGGAAUAAUUUAUUUCAACACCACGAGGUGUUUUAUUAAUUUCCUCUCCUACACGAUUUUCCAGGUCAAGCCCUGAUUGGACAAUCACAUCACAGAUCUCACUGCAGAUUUUCCAUGUUAGUGUUGAUGGAUUUUUAAUCAGUAAAAACUGGGGGUUUCUUCUGACCUGUCUCUCCACUUCCCCAAACUGCCAAAAAAGCCCAUGGUUCUGUGUGACAGGCCUUCACUUUGGAGCUGCGGGAUGAGGUGAGGGAGCUCUAGGCCUGGGAAGACGGUGCUGUGGGGGCCCCAUCUGGUUGGGGGGCCGGGAGCCCCAUGUGGUAUUGGUCCUCAGGACCACCCUGGCGGGUCCUGUGGGGGAUGUGCAGAGUUCAGGCUUCUGGGUGGGCUGUGUACUCAGCUCUGAGCACUCAGGUGACACUGGCGUGGCAGUGCUUGCAGAUGACAGCAAUAAGAGGAGGGGGUUCUGGAACCUUCCAGCCCAAGCUAGAAGUCACUGGCUUCUGGCAACUGGGAAUCCAGACCGAGGUGGUGGGCUGAUUUGGUGAUGACUGUGCCUGUCCCACUGAGUGUCACAUGCAUGAAGGGGGGUGGGGGUGGGGGAUUCAGGGCUGGACUGGUGUCCUGGUGGACCUGAUGUGAAAUUCCUGUCGAACAACAAAACUUUUAAAUGGUUUGCUAGGAUUAUUUCUGUAUUGAAAGUUUCUAAUUAUGCUUUUUAAAAAAAAUACUAAAAAUAAAGGUUCAAGCUGCCAAA